AUGCGCCGAACACAAACUGUUGAGACCCUGGGUUUUCCCGUUCUGACGGGCGGCGCGGAGCUGGGUGCGAGGCUCUGGCGGUACCGAGCGCUGCCGCCGUGCCCGUCACGUUCCGGGCCCCGGAGCGGAUCGCUCCCGCUCGGCCCGGGGACCGAGGGGCACCAAGGCUGGAACAGGCGGGGACCGAGCGGGGAUCGAGGGGGGGAACGAGACGGGACCGAAGGAGGGAGCGAGGCCCGGCCGGCUCCGCCGCCCCCGGGCCGGCCCCGCCCCGCCUGUCGGGUGCCGCGGUUGCCCGGGCGAGAACUGAACUCGCAGAGCUUUGCUCGGGCCCUGCGAGCCGAUGCUGAAUUAGGUUUGAAGCUGCUUCCUUCUAAGUUCCUGAAGGAGAAGUUUCUCAAUGUGAAGAAGGUGGCCAGCACUGGGGCGAGUUUUCUGCCCAAAAUUGGCCCAUUUCGACACAUGAGUGAGACUUGUCAAAAGUUGUUGCCAGUUCCUCCGAUAGAGAGCUUGCUCCAAGUUUCCCCACCAGAGAUGGUAUUUCAGAAAUUCAUCGCUCAUGAGGUCUCGGAAAUGGUACUGUCUCUCACAAACAAGGACAAGUUUACUCGGCUGGUGAAGGUCUACAUGGAGAGAUCACCUUAUUUUGAGCUGUUGUGCCCCAAUGAUGCAUACCGCAUCAUCCCACCAGGCACAUCUUCCCAUGUGCGCAUCCGCUUCACCCCCGACGAGACCAAGGAUUAUUCCCACGAACUCAUCUGUCUCACUGCAAGGGACAGGAUAGUUGUGCCUAUUCAGGCCAUUGCUGCCCAAGCUAUCCUGGACUUCCCUGACCAGCUGGACUUCUCAGAGUGCCCAGUCAAGUACAGCAGCCAGAAGACUCUGCUGGUUCGCAAUGUUGGUAACGUGGAAGCUCAUUACCAGCUGAGCACCCAGAGUCCUUUCUGCGUGAUUCCAGACAGGGGAACUCUGGCCGCUGGUGACACCAUGCAGGUGACAGUGGGAUUUCACCCGCUGACGGUCGGUGACCAUUCCGGGUCCCUGGUAGUGUGCUGCAACACAGGUGAGUGUAUCUGCACAAACCUUCACGGAGAAGCUGUAGAUGUCAACAUUGGGUUGAGCACCAAUUCCGUGAAGGUUGAGAACACUUUCAUCACCACAUCAAACUACACAACCGUGCUCAUCGAAAACAGGAGUAACAUCACAGCCCACUUCCAGUGGAAGACUUUUCCUACUGAGGAAGAUGAGAAUAAACUGAAGAGAAGGCAGUGCUAUUUUCUGCAGCCACUGACAGAGGUAUCGCUGGAAAACUUCAUUGAGGAGAAGAAUAUAGAGCAGGAGAAGGGCUAUUGUGAAGAUAAAACUGCCCUUGUGAGCCACACAGUCCAGGAGGAGAUGGCAAAGGUGCAAGAAGACCCCAUGCUGUUCUCCGAUGACAUUUUUUCCAUUGAACCAGUGGAGGGAGAAAUUGGGCCGAACUGUUGCACCAAAAUCAAGGUGACCUUUAAACCUGUAGAAGCACUGGAGUAUCGAAGUGUGGCUUACUGCAACAUCUCAGGCCGAGAGAGCAGGCUGCCCCUGCACCUCAUAGGGGAAGGCCAAGGACCCUUCGUUGAACUCAGCUCUCAUACACUGAACCUUGGGAACAUUUUUGUCAACACCCCCUACGUCUAUGAGGUGAAACUGAUUAACCAAGCACCUAUUGAUGCUCCCUUCACCUAUAUCUGUACAACUGCAAACGUGGGCUACUGCUUCAAGUUUGCACCUGAGGAGGGCAUCAUUGCACCAGGUGGGAUCCAGACCAUCCAGAUCUCCUUCAAUGCCACCGUACUGGGGAGGUUUGAGGAAGAAUUCCAGUUCAGUGUGGCUGGAUCUCCUACGCCUGCAAUCCUGACAAUCAAGGGACAUGUCUGUGAACCGACUGUACACUUCAACGUCGAUGAGCUCGACUUCGGUGACAUUUCCUUUGGCUUUCCCUACACCAUGACCUGUUGCCUCACUAACCCCUCCCCAGCAUCCCUGAGGUUCAAGCUCCGCAUGUCUGACGAUGGCACUCAGCCUGCUCAUGAAAAAAGAACUGGAGGAUAUCACACGUGGGUGACCCUGUGUUCCAACACCGUGAUGGAUUUCUGCCGGAGAAUGCUGGUGGACCUGGAGGGUAUUGGCAAUGGAGUGGCAUCAGUGACCAUCAUGGCCAGAUGUCUCAUUCCUGAGCUGCGAGUGUACCCUCACGUCCUGCUGUACGAUGAGUGCCGCCUCAAGGUGCCCUACGAGAGGAAGUUCCUCGUUGUGAAUAACACCGACCUUCCUGGCUGCUACGGGCUUAUUCCCCAGAAACGCAGGGAGGACACUCCUGUGUUCUACUCCAGCCCCAAACCCUGUGGGAUUGUCCAGCCUCACAGCAUCGCAGAGAUUCCAGUUACAAUCGAAGUCCAAACAUUGGGCGAGCAUCGCACCAGUGUUCUUAUCAGCGUGUUUGGGGAUGAGAGAAACCCACGGGCCUGCAAACCCCACUGCUAUGUCAUUGAACCCAGAGAAGGAGUGAUCCCCGCUACGGGUGAUAUUCCUGUGACCAUCACAGCAACCUUGGAUGACACUGGGAUUUUUGCUGACACUAUUCAGCUUUUCAUUGGGAACAGCCUUUGGACCACCUUCAUGGUGCUGGCUGUGGGCACCGGCACCACAAUUGUCAUGGACAAACCAUUCGUCCCAGAGCUCAGCUUGGGACACCAGUUCAGGCUCGUUCCCUGUAUUUGUCGGUUCAAAGUAACAAACAGGGGCCACCAUUUCCAUCGGCUCUUCUGGAGUGUGGAAUGUCACAGCCCCCCUAAGAAGAAGGGCCAGAGCAUCCCAGCCCUCAGUAGCCCCCUGGCCGAAGAUGAUUGCCAGAGCCCCAAAGGCACCAGCCCCGUGUUUGGGCUGGAGCCACUGUCGAUGGAGCUGCAGCCGGGCGAGUCUGUGGACAUGGUGCUGCGAGGCUUCUCCCCCAUCGAGCAGUCAGCAAAGAAGGGCAGAGAAAUAACUUACACCAGCAGGACAGAGAAGAUAAUAGAAACAACCAUUACCUGCAAGUUUAUUGAUCCCUCCAUAGAAAUAUCAGCCAGACAAUUCUCUUUCUGGGUGGAGAAGAAACCCAGUGAUGAUGUCCUGACUCUGCAGUACAAGCCUUUGGCUUUAAAGAACACCUGCUUGCUGCCACUCGACCUUAUGCUGGACUUGGAGCAGCCGUUUCUGCUCUGCGAUGCGGACCAGCAGCCCCUCCUGGAUGGCCAGCCUGUGACAGUGGAUGUAGGACAGACCUGUCAUCUCUACAUUGCAUUUGACCCAUCUUAUAAACUGGAUUUUUAUAGCUGGAAGGAAGAGAAGGUUCUGAAGAUAAACAUGGUCAACGGCCAUCCUUAUGUGGAGUGUAUCACCCUUCAAGGAGAAGUCCACUUCCCCAAUCUCCAAAUCCAGCCCAGCACCCUGGAGUUUGGCUGCAUCCUGGCUGGCACUGCAGAAGGGCGUUCUCUGGAGAUAACCAACUGCAGCCCACUGCCUGUCCAGUACCACUGGUCAUUCCAUUCAGACGGCCAGGUGGGCAGGCUGAGGUCCCUGUUCAUAGUUACAUUAUUUUCCAGGCAUGAGCGUUGCCCACCUAAGUUCAAACCCCAACCACCAAAGGAGAAGAGAACCUGCUUGGAUUACUCAGCAUCUCAAAGGAGACGCUUCAAGAUUAGAAAUGGGGAGGACCCAGCCACAGCCCUCAGAGAAUCGCACCUCCAGCUACAGCUGCAGUUUGCUCCAAGGUGCUCUUCUGCAUCCAUUUCCACACUGAACAUCUCAAUCGUUCCUGUCCUCCAGGUUUUCAGUGUCCUGCCGCAGUCAGGUGUGCUGCAGCCAGGAGAGAGACAGAAGGUCUCCUUCAGCUUCUUUGGCCACCUCAACACCAUCGCCAGUGUCACGGCGCUGUGCCAUGUAGAGGGAGGCCCCACCUACGAGGUGGAGCUGACCGGGGAGGCCUCAUGCAUCAGCUACUCCCUGAGCCUCCAGGAGAUCAACUGCGGCUUUCAGAUAGUUAAUGAAAUUCGUCACAGCACAGUCACCCUGGCGAACACUGGCAAGAUUAAAUUCAACUGGGUGCUAAAUCCUAGCACUGCAGAGCAACAUCUGCCUGGCGUGUUUCUGGUCAUCCCCCCCACUGGCUCCGUUGCACCUGGUGAGAAGCAAGUGCUGAAAUUCUCUUACAUGCCAGGAGUACCAGGAGCCUUCAGCAGGACUUUCCAGCUUAAAGUGGCAGAACUGGACCCAGAGAAUAUCUGCCUGAAAGGAGAAGCAUUCUUUCCUGUGAUCAGUGUGAACCUGCCCUGGAACAUCGAAGGAAAUGAAAAAUAUGAGAAGCUCAUAAAACCCCUGCAACAAUUCAGUCAGAGGAAUCAAUCAGUUGUUCAGAAGACUCAGAGUCCGAAGACUAAGGCCUUGAAGUUUCAGACUCCAAAGACUCAGACCCUGAAGACUCAGAACCUGAAGCCCCACGCACCUGGCUUUGGCACUGUACCAAACACUGAGCUGCAGAUAGAGACGGUGAUGAUGCUGAUAGAGGAGGCUGCCCUGGAGCUGCAGGAAAAGCUCCCAUCCCAUCCCCCAUACAGCAGGUUCCCUGACAAAAAGCUGCGCCAGAGUCUUGUCAAAGUUGAGCUGCCUGAAUAUGUGCUGGACAUGGGCACUGUACGUAAGGGUUACACUGAGAGACGCACCCUGGUGAUCACCAACCCUGGGCAGAUCCCAGUGUCCUUCCAGGUCGAUGUAUCUGCCCUGCAGGACACAGGUUUCAGAGUGAAUCUGGACCAGAUGCAGGGUCUGCCUCACAGACACACCAUAAUGUUUGAGGUGUGCUUUGAAAGCACCCGCCGGCCAUGGGGUGAUGUGGAUGUGCUGCUGCCCAUAGAGGUGGCAAAAGGCCCCACGUAUAACAUCCACCUCCAUGCCACUGUGUUGGGACUGUCGCUCAACCUCUCCAAGAACAUGCUGCAGUUCUCUGAUACCCUCGUUGGGCAGUGCCAGAUUGAGACAGUCCAGCUCUACAACUGGUUCCAAAUACCCUGCAAGUGGUUCAUUACUGCCAUCAAGCCUGUCAGGAAGGACAAUCAACGCAAACGCAUUACACCAGCCAUGCGUCAGAAGCAGCAGGUGCUGGAGGAUGAGCCCUGUCCCUUUGAAGUGACGCCCUCCAAAGGAACCCUCAAUCCAGGAAGGUGGCAGAACUUACAAAUCCAGUUUACACCCAAGCAGGAGAGGUCUUACAAGAAUGAGCUGAAGCUUAACAUUUGUGGAAGCAGCAAUCACUUAAAGCUGCACCUCUCAGGACAAGGUCUAGAGCCACGGUUGGAGUUUAGCCCCCCAGCACUCAAGAUGGGAUGGGUGCUGGUGGACAGUGAUGGGGUGGAUGCCACAGUGGUGGUGAAGAACCCAUGCAACUUCCCUGUUGAGUUUUACUCACUGGAUUUUGAUGAGCAGUACCUUGAGGAAGAGAAGAUCCUGUGGAUGGCAGCGGGGUCUGAGUACCAAAAGAACUUUCUAAUGCCUCCACGCACCGUGGGUGGGAUGCUGCCCCCAGAGGUGCUGGAGGACUGUGAAGCACAGAAGAGGCCGAAGGCUCAACAGGCAGAGCUCAAGGCCAUGGCAGAGGCCAAGGACAUGGCUGAGGCCAUAGACAAGGCAGCACCAGUUCAGGAAAACACAUAUCAUGGGGCUGUCACACCCUCUCCUGAGCCCAUGGUGGAAGUGACUGGGAGCCCUAUCUCUCAGGCUGUCAUGCGCCACCUGGGCAUCGACCCAUCUUCAGAGAGUUGUGAAGCACAGCAGGACAGAGGGAUUGUUGUUAUUGUCCAUGGGCCACCCCGGGCAGGUUCUUCCAAGGCCUGUCCCUGUAAUGCCUCGUAUGCAAGUGUCACCAAGCAGUCCUCCUCUCUCUCAGGAAAGACAGAGAUAGUGGCGGCCCUGUGUCACUAUUAUGACACUGCUCACUUGUCCAUUGACACCAUGGUGAAAGAGGCCAUCGCCAAUGAUCAGAGCCAAGCAGGGCGCCGCGCCCGGGAGCUUUGCACCAAGGCUGCCAUGGAGCUGAAAGGCGAAGACCAAGAUGAUGCUGGUAAAAAGCCUCUGCUUACUGCUCAGAGCAAGAACAAACAAGCCUCUGGAGAAAAAAACAACAUGAAGAAGAAGAAUCCCAAAGGCAAGAACCUUGCAGCACAAAAGAAGGAGCCAGCCAGCAAACCCAACAAAAAGGACACCAAGCAGCUGAACAUCAUCAGCAGUCAUGGGGAAGAGCUGAUCUGCUUGAGCUGUGUGCUGCCCGAGGACCUGCUGGUGGACAUCCUCUGUGAGAGGCUGAAGCAUGAAGACUGCUCCAAGGGAGUGGUCUUUGAUGGCUUGGAGAGCCUCUUCACAAGCAGCCUGGAAUCUUCUCUGCUCUGUGUAUUCAAAGCUGUCAACAAUCGUCAUCAUAUCUACAUGGUGAACCUGCAUCAGGAUUAUGCUUCUUGGAAAGCCAAGGAGGAAGCUGAAAGAGAGAAGGAAGAAUGGCAGAGGAAAAAACCUAUUCAGAGGAGCACAGAAUAUGUCUUGCAAAUGGAUGAGGAUGAGGAUGAUGCCCUUCCUGAGAAGAAAGCUCUAGUGGACAAAAUAAUACCAGAAAGGAAGUGUAUACAGAGAGAGAGGGAGCUGAAGCGGCUGGCUCAAAUGCUUGAGGAGGAAUUACCUGUGAUCCAAAAUGAAAACACAUCCCAGCCUUCAGCUGAAAACAAGCUUCACAAGACCAUAAAGCCUCAGGAGAAGGUGGAGAAGAAGCCUGAACAAAAAGGUGGAGGCCAAAGGAGUCUUCAGUCAUCUCAUCUGGAGACACGAAGCGAAGUUGCAGAAGGGGCAGUCAGAGAUGAGCAUGUCAGGGUGCGGUGCUUGGACAUCCAGGUCACAGAUCCAAAGGCCAUGAUUAGGGAGAUCCUGAGGGAUGGGAGGCUGCCAACAAAAGAUAAGAUGCUGAGACAUCUGGGACUGCAUCCCGAAGGGCCUCCCCUGCCCCCUGCUGCUGUCUUCUCCAUAGUCAACUACCCAGAGGAGUGGUUGGGUUCUGCAGAGUGUGUGAAGCCCUUCACCAUUGUUGCACCGGAAGGUGCUGCUAUGGAAGACAAUCAGGCCAAGGCCCCAGAUGCCAAGGGCAGUUCUGCCGAGGGCCAACCAAAGACACAUAAAGCAGCCAGCAGAGACAACUCUCCAAAGGAGAACCAGAUCUCCACACACAGAACAGAAAGUCCCCAGGAUUCCUCUGCAACCAGAUCCAACAGUGUUCUGAAAAGAGCCUCAACCCCCACAGAAUUCCACAGGCUGAAACGGUACCGAUGGAUAGUGCCUGACCACGGUGAGGUGGAACUGAAGGUCCACUUCUCCACCAAAAGGCCAGGGAAGUUUGAGCACACACUGAGGUUUGAGCUCGUGGAGACAAAGCGCCAGUACGAGCUGCCCUGCAGUGGCACGGGCGUGUACCCCAGCAUCAGCCAGAACCCGCGGCUGGUGUUUCCACAGUGGAGAGAGACCAUGGAGGCAGAUGAAAUCAUCUUCAAGGAAUAUGUUGAGAGCACAAAGCAAUUCCACUUUGGACCUCUGCUGUGUGGGAAAUCAAGAGAGUGGUACAAGGCCCGGAACUGUCCCGGCAACUCAGAGAAUUUAACCAUCCUCAACAACUCCCCUGUGGAUGCAGAGGUCCAGUUCUCCUUUGAGAAUGAUGGGAAAGCAGUGACAUUCCUUUUGGACCCUCCCAGCAUGACACUCAAACCAAAGGAGAAGCAGGAGCUGACCAUUUGGGCAUACCCCACUUCCCCUGGCUUCCUGGAAGACAAACUCAUCUGCUGCAUUGAGAAGAACCCAGACCCAGUGGUUUUCAGCCUGUGCUGCCAUGGGGUGCACGUGAUGCUGGAGGUCAGCCCCCUGGAGCUGUCUUUUGACAAGCUGCUUCUGCACAGGACUGACAGCAGGACCUUGGUCCUGAAAAACAACACCCUACUGCCCAUGGCCUGGCAACUCACUGGGCUGGAUGACCUUGUUGAGGCCUUCUCCUUGUCACAAGAUAACGGCAUCAUUGAUCCCCGCUCAGAGUUUGAUGUGACCCUGAAUUUCAAGGCCGAGCAGAUUGGCAGCAUUGAGAAGACCCUGCGACUAGAGGUUUCAGAUACAGGAAACAUCCUGGGGAUUGUUCAGGCUGAAGACAUUGAGAUCUCUGCAGAGGUCUGUGAUGUUUCUCUGAGUAUCGACAUGCCUGAAGGUCCAGAUGGAAGCUUGGAAUUUGGAACCAUUCAUGUCCUGGAAAAUGUGAAGAAAGUCCUGAGUCUAAAGAACAAAGGGAUACACAACAUUGAGUACCGUUUUGUGCUGAAGAAUGCAGGUCCCAGGAUGCAAGAUUUGGCAUCCCACUUCACUAUUGAGCCUCAGUCGGGCAUGCUGAUUGCCUCCCAGCCUGGUGUGAAUGUUGAGAUGGUCUUCCACCCCACAAGGGAAAUGGUCGUCAAGAACAAACCCAUCCUGUACUGCCAGGUGAUAGAUGCCAGCUCAGGGGAAGGAAGCCAGACUGUUGCCACCAUCCCAGUGAGGGUGUCGGCAAAAGCUGUGUACAGCAAGUACAGUAUUGAGCCUGCCUCACCCAUCAACUUUGGGGCCAUGCUCAAGGGCACCAAGAAGACCCAGACUGUUGUGCUGGAGAACAGAGGCAUGCUCAACUUCAAAUUCCACAUCCUCCAAGCACCCGAGGAUGCAUCUGCAUUGGAAAGCAAAAGCUCAAAACAAGAGGAAUCCGCUCCACCAGCGACAAAGCUGAAAUCAAGCUCCUUGACACAGGGUUACCUCAGUCUUGGCAUGUUCACGGUGUCCCCCUGCUCCGGCUCUGUCGCUCCGUGGGGCCAGCAGAAGAUCACAGUGGAAUGCCUCGCAGGGCAGGAGGGGACAUGUGAGGAGCAGCUCUACAUUGACAUCAUGGGCAGAGACCCCAAGGACAAUCCCCUGGGCAUUCCCUUUACCCUGAUUGCCGAAUCCUGCCUCCCAGCACUUGUUGAGGAUGUCACGUUAACCUUCGAGGAGUACCCGAUCUGCAGCAGCACCAACCUCAGCUGCAAGCUGCGGUCAGUCAAAGGCACGGGUCUGUUUGUCAGAGAAGAGAACAAAUUUGUCUUCACCAAGGUUCUGGUUGGGCAAGAGGCUGAAGCUCAUUUCAGUGUCUACAAUACAAGUGGUCUGCCAUGUGACGUGGUCCUCUCCAACAAACCCCUGCCUGGAAAGGUAAGAUCAAGAGACCAAAGUGGUGGCUGCCCUCUAAAGGCCUUCCCUAUCAAUAACAUUUUCAAGUUGUAUCCUGACAUGAUGUCCAUUCCUGGCUCAUCCAAUGCCGUUGCUACGGUGACCUUCACCCCACCAGAGAAGCAGAACUACGGCUGUACUUUCAAGGCUUCCCUUGUCAUCCCAAAAAGCUCUGUGCAAAUUAAGCCCCAAACCCUGACCUUCACCAUCAGUGGGAAGGGGCAUGAGCCACAGGUGACAGUCGUGUGCCCAAGUGCUCGCAGCAAGAGGGGAAAUGCUGUGCUGCGCUUCAAGAGACUCCGGGUGGGGGAUACAGAGAUGCUCCCCCUGGUCAUCCGUAACAAUGGCAUCGUACCUGUCAAGUUUAUGUUACACCUGGAGGAUGAGCACGGAGCGUUCUUCUUGAAAGGCAGGGGCUCCACACUUGAGAGAUUCUACACUGAAGAUGUGGAAGAGGACUGCGUUGGAAAUGAGAGCAAGCCCCCAGAGAAGCCUUUCUUCCUUCUGCAUCAUGGGCAAUCAACAAAUAUUGACGUCAUUUUCAAACCCACCUUGACUCAACAUCUGGAAGGGAAGAUUUGUGUGUUACUGGAAGACAUCUACUCUAAGAAGACCCUAAUAGAGCUGGUGGGUGAAGGCCACAAGGAUGAAUUCACCCUUGAUGGACUAGAGGAAGACACAGAUGAGAGGAGAGCUAAGCGCAGUCUGAAGAAAGACAUUAUUGAUGCUGUCAGAUUGAAUCACAUCCAGUUUGGGGACUGUCCUGUCGGGAGGCCCUACCGCAGGACCUUCACCAUCACCAACCAUACCAGUACGAAGGUCAUGCGCUUUGAGUGGGAGGCAGACGCCGCAUUCCAGUUCUCCCCCAAGAUGGGACACCUCCAUCCUGGCUAUGCCAAGGACAUCACAGUCACCUUGAAAUCAGAUGUCCCAGCCACCUUCAGGAGGCACCCUGUGAAAUGUAAGGUGAUCAAGACCAACUCUGAGCUACCACAAAGGAUGGUUCAGGAUUGGGAGGACCGAAUGUGCAUUGUCACAAUGGAGGAUACCACCAGGAAGGACAUGUCAGCCAGCUGGCCUGAGAAAGAGAAGAUGGUCCAGAGAGCCCCAGAACCAGAACCGGCACCGGCUUACAUUGUGGAUGAGAGCAUCCAGGAGGCCAAGGUGUACCUCAGUGCUGUUGUUGGCUACACUGAGUUCAAACGGAACCUGAUAGUGGUUCAGCUCAAGGAUACCUUGCCCAACCAGACAAGGAAAGACAUUUUCAGGAUACACAACACAGGAAAUAUAGCCCUGGAAUACAGCUGGAUGGAAGCUGCAGAUAGUAAAGCAGUGAAGAAACCAUACUCAACCACUCUGAUGCAUGACAAAAAAGACCUGCCACUGUUCUACAUCAACCCCUGCCACGGCAUCAUCCCUCCUGGCCAAAAGCAGAUCUUUCACGUGCUGUUCUCCCCAAAGCACGCGGGGAAGUUUAGGACCACCAUACUCUUCAGGACUCAUAAGCUGAAGCCGGCUCUGAAGAAGGUAGAGGUGAUUGUGAAAGGCAGAGCCCAGGAGCAGGAGAGUCUUGAUAAACCAAAACGCUCUGCGUUACGGCAGACAGACAAAGGCCAAGGACCCAAGAAGCAGGUGCACUGGAAACUAACACCUGAGUGA